UGUACCCCUGCGAACAUGGCGCUGCGACUGGCGCGGAGCGUGCGGGCCGCGGUCUGCAGCCUGCGCGCCAUCUCUGCGCCCAACGCGCCCUGCCCGCCGCGGCCCUGGGGACUGCGGGCGGGUGCCGUCCGGGCGCUGCGCACCGAUCCCGUUCUGCUGUCGGGUCGUAAAUUCACAGACAAACAUGAAUGGGUAACAACAGAAAACGGUGUUGGAAUAGUGGGAAUCAGCAAUUUUGCACAGGAAGCUUUGGGAGAUGUUGUUUACUGUAGUCUGCCUGAAGUUGGGACAAAAUUGAACAAACAAGAGGAAUUUGGUGCUUUGGAAAGUGUGAAAGCUGCUAGUGAACUCUAUUCUCCUCUAUCAGGAGAAGUAACUGAAAUUAAUGAAGCUCUAGCAGAAAAUCCAGGACUUGUCAACAAAUCUUGUUAUGAAGAUGGUUGGCUGAUCAAGAUGACACUCAGUAACCCUUCAGAACUAGAUGAACUAAUGAGUGAAGAAGCAUAUGAGAAAUACAUAAAAUCUAUUGAGGAGUGAAAAUGGAACCCCUAAAUAAACUAGUUUGAAACAACUUAAUCUAGUAUAGUUGUCUUAAAUUAGUGGUGGAUAGAUUUUUAAAAAGCAACUUUUAGCAAAAGAAACUACUUUCAACAAUGUUGCCUGAAGAAAAUACCCCUUAACUUCCUAAUGAUUUCACAUAAACACUAUGCAUCUUUUUCACAACAGCCU